AUGAAGAAGAAAUGGAUACAGGCCAUCAGGCGAGACGAAGGAAAAGACUUAAAAAUAUCUGACUCAACAAAGGUCUGUUCCAGACAUUUUAGAGAUGAAGAUCUAAGGGCCUGUUUAUAUGGAGAUGGGGGACCCCAGGUAGGUGAGGUAACCCGCCUAGCCGUGGUCGAAAAAUAAAACGCGUUUAUAUGCAAUCCUACAACCCCAGGGCGCUGGGGUGAGGACCGGUCUGCCAGGUAGGGUAACCCUGUCAGCCGGGGCGACAAUUUGCCAUGUAAACGUCUCAAGGUGGGGUUACCCGCCUAGCCGGGGCCACGUUAAUGGCAGAAAGUUGAAAAGUGAAACAUGUGUGUUUUAAAAAUUCAUACAUUUCCUAGCCGUCUCAUGGCAGAAAUCACCCGAAACCGCAACGGACAGACAAGGAGUGUAAAAUGUUCACAUUUCGGAAUAUUUAGCGUUGUAAAUCGACCAUAUUUAGUUUCCCAAACUAUUCCGUAUAUCAUAUUAAGUCCACAUUUCCUCGCAUAACCUGACACUGCGUAACACAAAGGGUGACGCUUUCAUGAAUAAAUACAUAUGUGUCCGAGAAUUAAUCUUUCGUCUUUCUCGAGAUGUGAGCUUGGGACGCCUCUGUUCAAACUCCUUAAUUGCAAGCGCAACAACAACCUCAGGAAACCUCACCCCAGCGCCCCGGGGUUGUAAGAUUGCAUGUGAACGCGUUUAUUUUUUCGACCACGGCUAGGCGGGUUACCUCACUUACCUGGGGUCCCCCACAUCCAUGUAAACAGGCCCUAAACGUGUUUUAUUUUUCGACCACGGCUAGGCGGGUUACCUCACCUAUCUGGGGUCCUCCACCUCCAUGUAAACAGGCCCUAAAAAAGACUCUUGCGGGGAAAGUAUGUCUAAAAAACCUGGCGCCAUACCUCAGAUAUUUUCCUGGAUUCGCACGUGGCCUCGCAAGAGGAGACCACAGACAGAAAGGAACACUUACAUCUAGAUUGAAUGCAUCUGAAGAGAUUGUUGUGUAAUUUGAUUUGGAAGAAAAAGUGGAAGUAAGUAUCGGUUUGACCACCAGGAUUGUUGAGAAUCAGAAUAUAAUCUUGCCAGAAAAGGAAUGUUAUGAUUUGACGGAAACCACCGCAAACAAAAACAAAAGAAUAGAAGAAUUAGAACAGGAAAUCAAUGACAUUAUAAAAUUGCGAUUAGAAAAUGCUCAGCGGCAAAUCACAAACCUUAUAAAGAAACAAUUUGUGCUUGAGAACUUGAAAGCUAAGAAAAAUACAGCCGCUUUUUACAAUGGUUUUAAUAACUGGGAUGCUUUUGAGGCGGUUUACAAUUAUCUUGGUCCCGGAGAACGAGGAGAAAACAUUGCUUUCUGGCGUUCUGAAAUGGUGAGGUUCCUGUUGAUUAUGACCAGGAUCAGUCAGAGGACUCUUUCACGAAAAAAGGAAGAGCUAGGUCUUUAAGGCCAAUGGACGAAUUUUUUCUUGUAAUGUGCAGACUAAGACAAGAAUUUCAUGAAGAUCAUCUUGCUCACUUGCUCAACGUGUCAACACCAACUGUAAGUCGGAUAGUCAUAACAUGGAUCAAUUUCAUGUACUUUAAGUUUGGCCACAUGAACAUUUGGCCCUCGAGGGACAUGUUAGGCAGAACAAUGCCUGAA